AAACAAACCAUUUCUUCUUAUUUUCGUCUGCUUUGCUUCCACCGAUUUGAUCCGCUCUUCUCCAUCACAUCAAAGCUUCUUGUAGUUUUCUCUUUCGUUCCAUUAAAAACCUUAUUUUUACCAAUCCAAUUCGCUGAUGAAUUCGAUUUGGAGCCGAUAAAAUUCGUUAUAUGGGAAGGAAGGCGUCGUCCGCAUCGGAGAUCGAGGUAAGGGUCCAGUCGAGGGUUGGCGACAACAGCAUUCACCCCUUAGAGAUGGGCUCGGGACCACCGCAGCGGCAGCCAUCGGAUGCGGAGGCGGGGAUUCUCUCAGGCGAGACCAUGCCGUUCCGGCGGUGGAGGCCGUGGUUGGUGCCGGCUUUUAUUGCGGCGAACGUCUUGCUCUUUGCGAUCACGAUGUUUGUGAACAACUGCCCUAGAAAUUCGAUAUCGUGCGUUGCUUCUUUCCUCGGAAGAUUCUCCUUCCAGCCCCUCAAAGAGAAUCCCCUCCUCGGGCCUUCGUCCAAUACAUUAGAGAAAAUGGGGGCUCUUGACGUAAGUAAAGUGGUCCAUGGGCACCAAGGAUGGCGCUUAGUUACUUGUGCCUGGCUUCAUGCUGGAGUUGUCCAUGUACUCGCCAAUAUGUUGAGCCUUCUUUUCAUCGGAAUUCGACUCGAACAAGAAUUUGGAUUUGUGAGAAUAGGUCCUCUGUACAUCAUAUCUGGGCUUGGUGGGAGCUUACUAUCCGCACUCUUUAUCCAAUCAAGCAUAUCAGUUGGUGCUUCAGGAGCACUUUUUGGAUUACUAGGUGGCAUGCUUGCUGAACUCAUAACAAAUUGGUCAAUUUACGCCAAUAAGGUUGCAGCAUUGCUCACUCUUGUGUUCAUCAUUGUAAUAAACCUUGCUGUUGGUGUCCUCCCACAUGUGGACAACUUUGCUCAUAUUGGAGGUUUUAUCUCUGGAUUUCUUCUUGGUUUUGUACUAUUGAUUCGCCCUCAGUUUGGAUGGAUCAGCCAACAGAAUCACAGUCCUAAUUACCAUACUGGUCCAACAAAGCGCAAGCACAGGUUGUAUCAGUACAUAUUGUGGAUAGCUGCUGCCAUUUUUCUGAUUGUGGGAUUCACAGUUGGUAUGAUCAUGCUUUUCCGUGGGGUUAAUGGAAAUGAUCACUGUUCUUGGUGUCAUUAUCUGAGCUGCGUUCCUACGUCAAGGUGGAGUUGCAAUUCAUCAGCAACAUAUUGCUCGGCAUCUCAAGAAGGGAGCCAGUUGAACUUGACAUGUGAAGGUGGUAGCGACAGAAGCCAUUCCUACUCCUUACCGAAUGCAACCAGUGAUAGGAUUAAAGAACUCUGCUCCCAGCUCUGCAGUUGACCUUCUCUUCUCCGAAAAUUUCGGAUGAUUUGCUGCCGAUUCUUUGUAUAAAUCUGUGAGGAAAUUUUUUUUUUGUAUGAUUUAUACUCGAUUAAUGUUCAAUUGAAUCUUUUUAUUACAUCUUAUAUCCGAGAUUGGUUGUCUUUCUAAACAGUAA